AUGGCUUCGAGCAAAAUCGAGCAUGUCAUGAUAGAAAUCAUCCCAGGACCCACAAACAGAGAGAGCAUCUUUCUUCUGAACGUAUACAGCAGUCCUAAGGACUUGAGACAGCGCUUCAAGACUCUCCUAUCCAAGGCCGUACAACUCUCCAGAGGAGCCCCCCUUAUUAUAGCGGGUGACUUUAAUGCUCCUCACCACACUUGGGGUUACUCGUACGACACUCGCAAAGGGGAGGACCUCUGGCGGGAAACGAUGAACCAAGACCUGAUGCUCGUAACGGACCCUGCGUUUCCCACCAGAUGUGGUACUUCGUCCAGCAGGGACACAACACCGGACCUCACCUUUGUCCGGAACGUGGCAGAAGUCAAUUGGACUAACCUCAACGUCGACUUUGGUAGCGACCACUACCUCUUGGCCACUGUCCUGCGGGUUGGACGGACAAGACAACACAAGUUCCGAGUGACCGAUUGGGACAAGUUCCGCAAGCUAAGAGAGGAGAGGUCUGAGGGCGAGGAGAAGCUCGACCUUGAACGCUGGACGGCGCAGAUCGGCGAGGACAUCCGGGCUACCACUAAGGAAAUCACCACGGACCUCCCCGUAGGAAAGAUGGACAGCAGAUUAGCUCAUCUUCUCGAGGCCAAACAGUCCCUCCUGACCCGGUGGAAGGGGCAGCGCCUCAAUCGCAGGCUUCGCAAGAAGAUAGCCGAGGUCAACAGAAGCAUUGAGGAACACUGUAAGGUCCUUUCUAAGCAGCAAUGGGACGAGGUUUGCAAUUCGGUAGACGGACAGAUGCGGAGGGGAGGCCCUUGGAACCUCCUAAAGCACCUGCUGAACGAGAACAACACCAAAUCGAACCAGAGAUGUACACUGACUCGCAUACUUCAUGCAGCUAGGCAAGGAUCCUCGGACAAUCAGGUACUGGCAGAACUGGUUGGGAAGUACCUACCAAUCGCCUCCGGCCCGCCACCUUCCGCCCCUGACUAUGCGGGGGGCGCUAACCCGGAACUGGACGCGGAAUUUGGAAUCGAGGAGAUCCGACAGGCCAUGCACGACCUAAACGGCAGGUCGGCCCCGGGUCCAGAUAAGAUCACGAACAAGGCCUUGAGAAACUUGGAUGACAGGUCGGUGGAGUACCUGACGGAUGCCAUCAACCAGGCGUGGAGGAGUGGUAGAGUCCCGGAGAUGUGGAAGACGGCCACCACUAUCCUCAUCCCGAAACCGGGCAAACCUCCCAGCCUCGACAACCUCCUGCCCAUCUCGCUCACGUCGUGCGUGGGUAAGGUGGCUGAACAUGCCAUCCUGAACAGGGUUUCCCGAUACCUGGAGGACCGCGACAUUUACCCCCACAAUAUGAUCGGCUUCAGGCCAUCGAUCGCAACACAAGGGAGUCAUCGAUCGCAACACAAGGGACGUAAGAGCAAUACUGGGACUGGACUUGGAGAGGGCAUUUGA